CCAAAGCCAACAUCAGCCAGUGAGAAUUUGUGUUCGAUUUCGUGAGUUGUGUCAGUACUUCGAUUUUAUUUGGAAUACAAUUAUUUUGUUAGUAAAUUUUAUUAACCAGUGCAACCGGUAUUGGUAUUCUUAUCAAGUUAUAUUGUGUGAUUAUCUAAAACAGUCGAAUAUAAAACGAGUGCGAAUCAAAAUAUUGUGCGUACGACGGACUCCUUUCACAAAGGAUAAACGGGAGAUUUCGUGUUUUACCCGUGCGCAUUUCACCUUUACGACAAUUACACAUUGCGGAACGUUUGGAAUGCGUACAACGGCUGUCAUCCAUCAAAAGUUGUGAAGGUGGAGCUGUGUGGAACUGAAGACUGGUAUGGGCGUGCGGUGAGACGCGGAGAUCUAAACCAAGAUGACGGAGGGAGAACGGCAACAGAAUGCAGGCGGCACCAACGCGGCGCCACAGCACAGGAAAGGGCACAGGAGGCAAGAAUCAAUGUACGCCAUGACAGGGCUAUACGCGGAGUCAGGGUGCGCGGAUGGCGCUGGCGACGAAGCCGGGCCAAGCACCCCGCCGCACCUGUCCCACCCUCCGCGGGAGUCUGUCAAGUGCCACAGCCGAAACCCUUCGGCGGGCGUGGUCGACAGAGAUCGCGAGCGGGACAAGGAAAGAGAAAAGCCUCGGCAAAUGUACCCAGAAAUAUUAGACAUUCCUCAUGACGCAAGAGAUUGCGGCAUCUUGUCGUGGAGGCCGCUUUUCAUUCAGAGAUUUUCUAGUAUUAAAGUGUUUGUAUUUUUCCUUUCGUUCCUGGUGACGCUACAACAAGCGUUGAGCUCCGGGUACAUAAACUCUGUGAUCACGACAAUUGAGAAGCGUUUUGAAAUCCCAUCGAGUCUGUCGGGGCUCAUCGCGAGCAGCUACGAGAUCGGUAACGUCAUUACCGUGAUCUUCGUAUCGUAUCUCGGCAGUAGGAGACACAUUCCAGUUUGGAUCGCAGUGGGUGCCGUCAUUAUGGGCAUCGGGUCGUUAGUGUUCGUCGUUCCGCACUUUAUAGCGGAAGUGAACAGCGAAACUUUGAUGAACAAUAAAUCUGAUGAUAACAUCUGUCGGUUGCCACGUGCGUUGGAUCAGGAUAUGGGCGGCUUGGGGAGACUCUCGCAGGGAUUGCCACCUAGCAACCUGAGACCAGAUAAUUGUAUAAAGAGUUCUCCGAGCACAUUCAUGCCGGUGAUGGUGUUCAUAGUGGCACAGCUACUGCUCGGCUGUGGUGGCUCGCCACUCCUCACGCUUGGCACCACAUAUGUGGACGACCACGUGCGUCCGGAGUCAUCCAGCAUGUAUAUCGGAUGUAUGUACAGCAUGGCUGCUUUCGGGCCGGUCCUCGGAUUUCUACUCGGAGCAUAUUUACUGUCUUUCCACAUGGACUCGUUCUCCGGUACCAUUAUCUCUAUAGAUCCAGGUGAUCACCGUUGGGUCGGCAUGUGGUGGGGCGGUUUCCUACUUUGCGGGUUCCUUCUGAUAUUGGUCGCUAUUCCCUUCUUCUCGUUUCCAAAGGUAUUGGUUCGAGAGAAGGAGAAGAUUAGACUGGUGGAAAAGGCCGCGGCUGCUAGCGGUGCUUCCACGUCUAAACCGGCAAAACCGCAGACAGACAUCAAGGAUACUGGAUACGGGAAAGAUAUUAAAGAUAUACCAGUGUCGAUGUGGCGGCUUCUUAAGAACCCAGUCUACGUAGUUACUUGCCUGGGCGCGUGUAUGGAGCUCAUGAUCGUAUCGGGCUUCGUCGUCUUCCUGCCCAAGUAUCUGGAGACACAGUUCAGUCUCGGCAAGAGCCAGGCUAGCGUGUUUACUGGUUCCAUCGCGAUCCCGGGCGCUUGCAUCGGUAUCUUCAUGGGCGGUUGCUUACUCAAGCGAUUGGAACUGCGACCGAAAGGCGCCGUGCAGUUCGUGCUCAUAUCCAACACAAUCUGUCUGUCUUGCUACGCGCUGUUGUUCUUCUUAGGUUGCGACAACAUCAAGAUGGCGGGCACUACUAUACCUUAUACUAAUCAUAGUAACUUGGAGCCGUUCAAAGUGAACUUGACGGCGGCUUGCAACUUCAACUGCUUGUGCACGGAGACGGACAUGGAACCGGUGUGUGGCAACAAUGGUCUUACAUACUUCUCGCCGUGCCACGCCGGCUGUGAGGCCUUCUCGUCGCGGUCGAACUUCACAAACUGUGCUUGCGUGCACGAGACGGUCCGUGCCCCGGGCGUGGUGGUCAACGGCGCAGCCGGGGCGGCGGCACUGCGAGGCGCGGCCGACUACUCCGAGGUGACCGUAGUACCGGUAGCCACGGCCGGCGCCUGCAACCCGCCGUGCACCACUAUCUUCCCCUUCCUCGUGCUGCUGUUCUUCAUGACGUUCGUCGUCGCUGUCACCCAGAUGCCACUGCUUAUGAUUGUCUUGAGAUCAGUGAGCGAAGAGGAGCGCUCGUUCGCGCUGGGCAUGCAGUUCGUGAUAUUCCGUCUGUUCGGGUACAUUCCCGCGCCCAUCGUGUUCGGCAACCUCAUCGACUCCACCUGUCUGCUGUGGAAACAGUCCUGCAGCGGAGAGAAGGGCGGCCGGUGUCUUCUAUACGAUAUCGAACAGUUCAGAUAUAGAUACGUGGGUCUGUGCGGCGGUAUCAAGAUAGUAGCGCUCGGUAUAUUCAUGGCGGACUGGUGGCUCGUGCGGCGUCGGCGACACCUCGAGACCGCGCCGCCGCUCGACCCGCACAAGGACAUCGCCGGCUCCAUCAUCAGUCUUGAUAAACUUUUCGAAGAACUUCCAUCGGCGGACAACGCAAGUGGGUUCCGCUCGGGUGUGAUGUCAGGCGUGAGCUCGGCGACCACGACGCCCAUGGAGCCGCCCGCGGGCGCCGAGGGGCACGAGCCCUACCGCAGCAAGCUGCAGCGCACGGAGUCGCAGUACUCGCAGGAGUCGCAGACGCGCGCGAGCGGCGGCAAGAACUCACGCGUGCUGGUGGCGUCGCGCCACCUGCGCAACGACUCCAAGACCAUCCAGCUGGAGCCGCGCGCGCGCCAGCACUCGCAGGACGAGCCCGAGCGCCGCCCCGCGCGCAGCGACUCGCGCGACUCCCGCGACUCGCGCCGCGACUUCCCGCGCUCCGCCUCGCGCGACCUGCCCGCGCACUCGCGCAGUGGCUCGCGCGACUUCAAGGUGCACUCGCGCUCCGACUCGCGCGACCUCUCGCUCGACCAGCUCAAGCACCUCGCUCUCAAGAGUAUGGAGAGCCUCGAUCUCACCGUGCUGCCUCUGACGCGCUGCGUGGACGAGGAGAGCAAGCGCCUCAUCGACGGCAGCGGCGUGCUGCGCCACCGCCGGACCAGCUCCAAGGACUCCAAGCUGCCCGAGACUAAACACAAGCGGACGUCGUCCCAUCACAUCACGAUGGAACCGAACGAGCUCAGCUUACAGAUGCAGAAGGGUCGAAGCGUCGACCACUUGGCGUCGACUCGGUUGGAUCCGUGUGUGUGAGAUAGAUAUAGGACCAAAUCUGUACAAUAUACGUCGGGACUGAAUCUCAGUUCAGUGAUACAAACACGAGUAUAAACAAUUGCUUUUUACCGCUGUGCACGACUGAGUGAUAAACAUAGUGAAAGCGUGAGUAAGUUUAAAGUGAACUACACUUAUUCUAAAUUUAGAUAAUAGAAAACAAAUUAUGGGUGAUUUCGAAUCAUAUCUUAACUGUAGUAUUGAUGCUUACAUAAAAUUAAAAACAAACUAUCGCCUAUGCAGCUAACUAGUGUUUUAGCAAUGACUUAAUUGAAGCAAAAAAAAAACCUACAACAUAAAUAGGAGUCAAUAUGUUUGAUAAAAUAUUAAUAAUAACUGUUGUUUUUAACAUUAAAAAUACUCGCAUCACUCCUAUUUUAACUUUAGUUUUAAUUAUAAAGUUAUUAGUUAAAUUUUUAAUGUUAACUUUUUCUAUCAUAAAGAUGCAUAUUACCAUUUUAAAUCUGGAAAACUUAUUUUUUUUUGUUGUAAGUACUUAAAUUAAAAACAUUGUUAUGAAUUCAAUUAAAUGUGUACCCUGUGUAUACUUAUUAUUCUAAUAUUGCUAUGUAAAAAUGCGUUCUGAUUAUAUUUGUUAUUUGUGUAUAUUCUUAGGCUCAAGUUUACAGACAGCAUAAACUUCAGUUUUCUUAAAACAACUGUUUAUUAUGAUUUUUUUCAUUAACAGUUGUUUUAAGAAAAACCGCAGUUUAUAUUGAUGGUGAACAAGGCCUAGGCCUUAGUAGUGCUAAUAAUUUACAGACUGUUCAACUUCACCAACAUUAGACCUUAGUAAAUAGACACCACUUAGAUAAAAGACAGCAUAUUAGCAGAUAAUACAAGAGUGCAAAAGGGAUUUUGCCACUAUUUUAAAAUGCACUCAUUGUAUUGCACCCUCUUUACCAGCACAAGGCUUUUAAUUAUUACUACUCUUAUGGUGCUCUUUUGCUUACCUACUUAAUUUAAAAUGUCUGCAAAUAUGUUACUGUUGACAUUCCUCCUCCUACUAUUAUUAUGACUUAAAAAUGAAUACAACACAAGCACAAAACACCAAGCUCGUCAGGCGAAUUAAAUACUAAUCUUACUAAAGAAAACAUCUGUUCUGAUCUCAAGUGGGGCAAAGGAAGUGACUGCUUGCAACCAAAUGUGAAUUAUCGACAACAAUAUUUUAUGUUUAAUGCAUCUUUAAUUUUUGUAAAUAUUUAUUUCUACUAUUUUAUUAUAUUGUGAUCCUAUUUUAUGGAAUUACAUCUAUUAGUGCAAUUAAUAGUUCUAUGCAUGCCACUCAAGGUCCAAAACUUACAAACCCUGAUGUUUCCGAGUUUUUAUAAUUGUAUAUUUUGGACAGCUAAUAUUUAUAGAAAAUGUUUUUUUAUGAGCAACAGUUAUAACUGCCUUAUUUGGUUUAAAGUCAAAGUUUACCGUUAUUAUUAUACUCCUACCUGAACUUGUAAAUGAAUUUGAUGUUUAAAAGACUUAUUUAUGUAAAAUAAUAUUUUUGAAAUGUAAAAAAAUGUCAAUUCUUGGGCUGCUGGAUUAAGAACUCAAUUAUUAACUAUAUUAUUUAAAUAUAAAUACACAUGUAUUAAAUAAAAAGUAAAGCAAUAUAUUUAUCUCAGAUGAUGGAGUUAAAAGACAGGAAUGUUGUCUGUGUAAAUUUUUGUCACAUAUUGUUAAGAGAGGUUAAUAGUUUGAUAUGAAAGAGAGUGUUUUAACGAAAAAUGCCUUAUUACUACAAUAGAUCUUAAGACUUGAUAUUGAUACUGACUAAGAUGUAUUUGAAUAAGUUGUUAUGUCAAUCACCCAGACAAGUUUGAUAAUAGCAACUCCUAAACUAAUUUGUUGCAUUUAGUGAUUAAUAAAAUUGCAUACUUAUUUUA